GAUCUAUAUCCAUGUUCAUGUUUUAUUUUUUGUUUCCUAUAAAGCUUUGUAACAUGCCCCCCACACUGGAGCAGGUGAACGGUCAUUUAGGGGGAUUACGGGGAAGGGAAGCAUUUCACCAUCUGCUGCCUUGUUCUCUCUUGUGGGACAAGACCCUUUUGUUUUCCUGACUCGGGGCGGGCCACAUGGUGCAGGGCCCUUGCUUCUGAGCCUAAGGUUUCACAGACGUCAGCAUUGUCUGCAGCCAAGUGAGCUCAAUGAUUGGCCUGUAAGGCCAGAGACAGGGUGACACUGCUGAGGCAGUGACAUUGUAACCCUGGACCUGACAGACGGCAGCAGCGCCCUGUAAACACGGUCACAUGACUAGCCACGUGGAGCUGAGGCUGAACAUGGAGGGGGAGGGCAGGAGGAUUGUUGUGCAAGUUUAUGAGGCUGGGAAAAUACACCAGCAAAUAGUACAAAAAAAAAAAGUGCACAGUGUGAAAAACAAAGAGCAGACGUCUGUGAGUGCAAGACGAGAAGCACAGUCUCCUAAUUUCUAAUAAGUUGGAAAUGUUCACUGUAUACAGGUAUAUAGCUCUCAUGGCAUGGCGGCACGUUUAAGCCUGAAUCAUGGAAAGGAACACGGUGUUAUAACAGAACUGAAAGCAUGCACUAGAGGUCUUCCAAGCACCAAGAAAACAAGACUUGAAAGUCCAGGAGACAAAAGGAGCUGGGGAGGAAACACGGAUCCUGUGCCAAUGCAGCAACAUAGACGGCAGCCAGAGUUAGUGGAAGGAAACCUUCCCGUGUUUGUCUUUCCGACUGAACUUAUAUUUUACGCUGAUGAUCAGUCAACUCACAAGCAGGUGUUAACUCUGUAUAACCCCUAUGAAUUUGCCUUAAAGUUUAAAGUCCUGUGCACAUCCCCAAACAAGUACGCUGUUGUUGAUGCUGCUGGUGCAGUGAAGCCUCAGUGCUGUGUUGAUAUUGUUAUCCGACACAAAGAUGUCCGAACCAGUCACUUUGGCGUUAUUGACAAAUUCCGCCUUCAAGUGUCUGAACAAAGCCAGAGAAAAGCACUGGGGUGCAAGGAGGUAAUAGCAACACUUCUUCCGUCAUCUAAAGAGCAACAGCACAAAGAGGAAGAAGAGAAGCGGAUCAAGGAACAUUUAGCGGAAAGUGUCUUCUUUGAGCAGACACCAUGCCAACCGGAUAUCAGACAUUCUUCCUCAGGACCCAGUCUGCUGAUGGUCUUUCUUGGCAUGGUUUGCAUUGCCGCACUGAUGAUGCCCACUUUGGGUGAAAUGGAAACUGUGGUGCCUCUCUACCUCCACUUAAGUGUGAAUCAGAAAUUAGUGGCUGCCUAUGUUUUAGGUCUUAUAACAAUGGUUGUCCUGCGAACAUGAAGGUUUUAGUUCACCUGGACUCCAAGAGCAUUUGUUCACUUCAUCAUGUGGACCGCAUUCAGUUGCUGCGGCGGCCCUCUCCCUCCAUACAGACGUAGCAGUGGUUUUAAUGAAAAAUGGCAGAAACCUAAUCUAUUUUAACCGUGUAUUACUGUAACUGAGUGGCUGAAAACAUUACUGGUGAAUUUGUUACAGACAACCAAGAUUCUUUGUUAAAUGACGUCUGUGAAAGAAAUCUGAAGAUACUGCAUUUUAUAUGUAUGCCUAGACGAUAAUUUUAUUGUAAAAUGGACUGUCAUUUUCUACAUUUUGUUUGUGUUUCAUUUUUCAGUAAUAAUAAAAAUAUCGAAAAU